UGAGAUAGUAGCGAGAUUGAUCCUGUCUUAUCUUCUCUGCACAACUGGCCAUUCCUCCUGUCGCUGCUCUGCACUUCACGAGUUCACGCUUUCGCUCGACUCCUAAUCCACAGUCCGAUGGCCCUAUACCGACUUCUCUUCCUCUCUUCCAACAUCCAAGCUCUAUCCUUCACUGCCAGCGCCGCCACGACCCGCCGCGACUCCACCUCCUCGCUACGGUUGAGAACAGGCAAAUUCACCUUCUCUUCUCCGGCGAGGAGUGGAGGAUGCGCUGCCAUGUGUGAUGCCAUUUCCUUCUCUGCGGGAGAUGACUUGCCGGAGAAUUACGGAUCGCAGUUCCCGUCCGCGGAACCUGGCGUGCGGAGGAGGGCCGGCGUGCUGCUUCAUCCGACCUCGUUACGCGGAUCGUACGGGAUCGGAGAUUUUGGGGACGAGGCCAUUCGAUUCUUGGACUGGCUCCACUCUACUGGCUGCUCUGUUUGGCAGGUUUUACCCCUUGUUCCUCCAGGGAGGAAGUCCAAUGAAGAUGGAUCACCUUAUGCUGGUCAGGAUGCAAAUUGUGGAAACACUCUUCUUAUCUCACUUGAAGAGCUUGUCAAAGAUGGUUUGCUUAUGAAGGAUGAACUUCCAGACCCCAUGGAUUUGGAAAAGGUUCAGUUUGCAACUGUCGCAAAUUUAAAAGAUCCUUUAAUUGCUAAGGCAGCUAAGAGGCUCACGCUAAGUCAUGGGGAUCUCAAGCUCCAGUUUGAGAGUUUUUGCAAAGAUCCUAAAAUCUCAUGUUGGCUUGAAGAUGCGGCACUUUUCGCUGCAAUUGAUCAUGGUGUCAAUGCAUUUUCAUGGUAUGACUGGCCUGAUUCUCUUAAAAAUCGGCACCUUGGGUCCUUGGAAGAGUUUCAUCAAAGCAAUAAGGAUUUUAUCUAUACAUUUAUUGCUCAACAGUUUUUAUUCCAGAAGCAGUGGAAAAAAAUACGCAGUCAUGCACAUAAAUUGGGAAUUACGAUUAUAGGUGAUAUGCCAAUUUAUGUUGGUCAUCAUAGUGCAGAUGUAUGGGCAAACAAAAGGUCAUUUUUACUGAACAGGGAAGGCUUCCCAAUCCUGGUUAGUGGUGUUCCUCCAGAUGCCUUCAGUGAAACAGGUCAACUAUGGGGCAGUCCACUUUAUGAUUGGAAAGCAAUGGAGGAUAAUGGUUAUAGAUGGUGGAUACAGAGAAUAAAACGUGCCCUUGAUUUAUAUGAUGAAUUUCGAAUCGAUCACUUCCGCGGAUUUGCAGGGUUUUGGGCUGUUCAUUCUGAGGCAAAAAUUGCAAUGUUUGGAAGAUGGAAGGCAGGACCAGGUAAGGCUUUCUUUGAUGCCAUUUUCAGAGCCGUUGGAAAAAUCAAUAUAAUUGCUGAGGACUUGGGUGUAAUAACAGAGGAUGUCAUUCAGUUGAGGAAAUCAAUAGGGGCUCCUGGAAUGGCUGUUCUACAGUUUGCUUUUGGCAGCAGCUCAAAUAACCCUCACUUGUCUCAUAACCAUGAACUGGAUCAAGUUGUGUAUACUGGAACUCAUGAUAAUGAUACAGCCUUGGGUUGGUGGGAAUGUUUGAAGGAAGAAGAGAAGAAUAAUGUCCAUAAAUAUCUUCAUAUGAGCAAAGAGGCCAACAUUUCAUGGGCCCUUAUUCAUGCAGCAAUUUCUUCAGUUGCUAGAACAGCUAUAAUACCCAUGCAAGACAUCCUGGGUUUGGGAUCCUCAGCUAGGAUGAACACACCCGCAACUCAGUUGGGAAACUGGAACUGGAGAAUUCCUAGCGGUUUAAGCUUUGAGAAACUGAAGCCGGAGGCAGAGAGGAUUCGUGACAUGCUCUCAUUGUACAACAGGCUCUGAAGCUUCAUCUGAUUAUAUGACCGUUUAUCAUUUCGGUUUUAAUAAGGAUAUAAAAUACUAGUGCUCCCAUUUUCUUCGAUUGAGAACUGUAAGCCACUUGGUGACUUGGGAGACUUGUUUUAACCUUCUCAGUAGAAAUGAAAGCAAAAGCAGUCGUGCAAACAUAAAUAAAGAACUGGAAAUUUUCAGAUGUUAUAAAAAAUCUAGAACUGUUGAUGUGAAUUGCUUAUUGUUUUCAGUGUUUUCAGAUGCUUCUGGUUUUUU